AUAUUAUUUGCUUUUUUAUUGUAUUUGUUAUAUAUUUAGUAAUUAAGAAUACACGAUAAGACAAGAUGUAAACAAAAUACUUUCUUUUUAAGAAUUUUAUAAUAACAUUUAUUAAAGCAGUAGUGUGUAAAAAAGCCUUGUAGUUACGUGAUAUUUAUUUUUAGUACAAACAUUAAUUUAGUUCACUGAUAACUUCAAAAGUAUCAUUUUUUAUUCUGCGUGCCUGUUUUUGUUUAUUUUAUUUGGUCGCUUCAAAAAAUGGUUGGAGUAGAGGGAUACUCUAAUGCGUGACGUUGCACGAAAUGUUGCUAAAUACUUAUAAAUCGCGUCAUUUGUUUGAGACCUAGUGUAAUUGCGUAAAUGUUGCAUCCAGUUGAUAUAUACGUGUAUUAAUAAGGUCACAGAUGCAGCUUAAGAAACAUUCAGCAAGUUGUGCAAUAUAAACAAUUAUAAAUUAAGGAGUGUUCGGUCGUUACAUUUCAGUACAGUGUGAAGUCGCGUGCAACGUGUGUAUCUGACUUGAUAUUUUUUGAACUUUCAACAUUUAUAUCAGUGAUAUGGCAUCGAUACGACAUCGAUUGUUAUUAUUAAUUUAUAUUCUAUAUUGUGUUGGUUUGUACAAGAAAAUUUUUCUGAACUCUAUUCGAUUAUAAUUUGAUCGUGCUUGUGACAUGAAUAUUAUAUAUUAAUAACAGAUUUUUAUAUUGUUCGUGUUUGAGUAGGCCAAUGCCAAUUGUUUAGGUGAAGAAAUACGCGUUAAUAUACUGCAUCAUACUCACACAAUUGAGUAGUUUGCUCCAAUAAACGGUUCAAUCAUGACCAAUUUAUUCAGUGCGAUACAAUAACGCAAUUCGAUAUGCAACGCGGAUGUAAGGCGUUCAAUCAGAGUCAAUAAGAUUCGAAUUAGUAAAUGUGAAACUUGAAGAAUUUGCAUUGUUAUGAUUCACGGAAUAUUAGUGGAUAUAAGUGAUGAUGAGAUCUGUAGUAUAUUAUGCAAAGAAUGUGACGCUUCUGCGGUACUCGUGAACAAUCAAUGUGAAUGCAAUUUUAAUGACGAUAACGAAGAAUGUAUACAACGUUUACAGAGAGAGAUUCAGACUAUCGAUCUAAAUGCUCUCUCUGACGAUUUCACAAACGAAGAACGAAGUUCACGCGCUGCUUUCAAACCCAGACGUCGUCUUAGAAUAGGAGAUGCCAGGAAAGUGGUAGAAUACUUUACGAAUGGAGGAGUAUCCGCUGGUCACUCGCAUUUUCUCAGAGGAUCCGAUGCAAUUUGCGAUAACACCAAUUCCGCGACAAAUUCAGUCUCGGGCACGAUUCGUCAAAGUAAUACUGAGGACGAACUUUAUCUACCUACCAGUGCUCUUUCCGGGAAUAUAUACAAGUCACACAACUUUCCGUUGCAUAUACUACCAGGAGCCGUAGCGACGAUACUGGAUCCAGGUAUAUCCAGCACAAAAACGUAUGCUCCAAUCCUAGGAAUAGUGAGACCAACUUUCGACUACCUCGCGAAUCGCUUGUAUCCAACAGAUCCAGUGUUGGAUUCGAACGUCCAUCUACUUAGAAAUCGGGGACACAAAUCGCCAUCCCAUGUUUUAUUGCAAACAUUGGCUCUACCUUUGCACACUGUGCACAAUUUAGCCGCACGUCGUUACUUUCCGUAUUACCCUCCAAUGUAUCAUAAUCCCAUCGGCAAAAAUUCUUAUCCACGACAAGAAAAUUCACCGAUUACACCCUUGGUCGGUCAACCGUAUGGGAAUAAUAAUGAUUUCGACCACGAAACUUCUAAUGACUCGUCCAUCACCAGAAAUAAUGCAGAUGAAUCCGUUCAAGGCAACGUUGCAAGUACCCGUGCUGCAAGAAUGAACGCGUUGUUUCCACUGAUGCAAUAUAGGCAUCUGUUUUCUCCCUUGGAAUAUAUUCCUUAUUACAGCCCUUUACUCUACUCUCCAUUCGACGAAUAUGUUGCUCCAGCUGCUUCACAUAAUUUCCAACGUAUAUCAGAUUCGACGCUAACUUCUACGCAGAAUUCAAACUCUUAUUACAUAAAUAACGCAAAUACUGAACGACGAGAUGAAGUGCUAACUACUGUUACGGACGAAACUGCAUAUUCCAAUGACGAGCAAGCAAAAAAGACUGAUGAUGCAACUGAUCAUACUAGUGUUUCUAAAGAACAAAAAGAAAUGUGAAAAAUGCAACGACUUUGGAAUAUGUAUACAGAAUAUUCACCAUAACAGUAUCCAUCAUAUUUGUAUAAGUUACAAGAACUGAGCAGAAAAAAGUUUUAGAUAUAAUUAAUCAGUGUUUAAAUGGCAAUAAGAUGCAAGAAUAUAAAAUUUUGAAAACUUUCUUUUUCAUAAAAAAUCGAGGUUAUUUUUUUCUUUUUUUAAUGGAAUCAUCGUAAUUCCGUUUUUUAUCCAUAGUUCUAUAAAAAUAUAUAUAUAUACAUAAUAUAUAUUAUCAAUUCAGAAGUUUCAAUUUUCUGUAAGGUAGAAAUAACGUUUUACUUCAGAUAUUUAUACAUGUUGAUGAAAAAAAGGGAAUAAAAAAAUAGAAAUGGAAAAAUUUAACUGUUUGCAUUUCAAGGACUACACUUCACUUGUGUUUUAUAUGAGAGAAUUUUUACUUACUUUUAAAGAUUAAAUAUCUGUCUGAAUAUACAUGCCUUUCUCUGUAAUUUUAUCAUUUUUUACUUCUUCUUUUGUUUUAUGAUUUGAUAUUAUUGUACAAUUAUUCUCAAUAUUUGAGAUAAUGGUAUUAUAAUUGCGCAUUGCUCCUUGACAUUAGACCUAUCACCAUGUGGCACUCUAAUCAUGUAUUUUUGUGAUCUUACUUGGUAUUUUAUAACAACUGCAUUGCAUUCUUCUGAUCUUAACACAUUCGUUAUCACAGUUCAUCAGAUGAACUUUCCCCACAGCCUUUACCAUAUUUUUUUAUGUAACAGUGUAAAACUGAUCUAGAUAUUGUGCUUAAACAAAGAACAAAUGUCACUCACAUAAUGAUAUGCAACAUUGAUCUUUCAUGAGAGAUUGGUAUGUUAUAUAAGUAUGACACUGAUAGCAAAUGUGUUAAAUUUCUUGAUAUUGAUCUCAAAUCAU